AUGCAUUCCACGUGGUACACAUUUGGCGCCCUCCUCGCCUUGGCCCAGCUCUCCUCAGCUGUCCGUGUUCACAUCGAGAACACCCAACCCCCAGCCAACAAGUACGUCACGCACUGCACGCUUAUUGUCGAUGGCGACCUUUAUGGCUGUGUGGAUGGGAGCUCCGAGCCUUUCGACAAGGGCUGUGGUGGUAAUUCGGGCGUGGCUACACACACUAUCUGUGACUCCGCUGCUGUGGUUAUCGACUGGGAUACUCUGAAAGUGACGUUCGACAACAAUGCAGGAGAUCACUCUGAGUGCACUUUGGACACAGAUCAACCGGGCGGUGAAUGUGACAUGCCCUAA